UUUGAUAGCAUUGCGGAGCUCGUCAUGCGGUUACGCAUCUUUACGCAGCUGCUUGCAGCAGGCUCGUUGUUGUUAUCUGUCAACGCCUUGGAAGCAAAAUUAACUCAACAAGAGGAGAAGCGGGAAAAAUGCGCCGGCAUGUACAGUCGCAGCGCAUGGGGAGGCGACAUCGAACCCUUUAUACUCGUGAGGUUCAACAAGGUCGAGGACGAGGGAGACCAUAGGGCUAGUAUGCUCAUUUUUGAGUGGAUGGACCAAGACCUUGUCCUGUUCCAACCAACCCCGGACACACCCAAGAAACUCGCCAUCUGCAACCCCGAAAACGUCAAAGCCGGCUAUUGCAACGAGACCAACGUUGGUGAAUACAUCAUCUCUCCCAACUUUAACCAGUCCCGCAACCUCAUACACACCCAAGUCGUGGAUCUCAAGGACCCCAAGCCGAUCAACUACCCUAUCAAGAACACGGGAUACUAUUGUAUCUUUACGGCUGAAUACACGCGGACCGACUAUCAAGCCAUUGUGGAGUUCCGCAAUGCAUUUGGAGAACUGCCCGCCGCACAGAUUCCAAAGCUUCCCUUCUAUGGCGGGAUCACAAUUCUAUACGCCUUGGUCGCAGUGUUUUGGGGCUUGCUCUAUUAUCGACAUCGCUCCGACAUCUUGCCUGUGCAGAACUACAUCACAGCCAUACUGAUCUUCCUGGUCGUGGAGAUGCUACUGACGUGGGCCUUUUACGAUUACCUCAACCGGCACGGCUCCAACACGCUCUCAAAGUUCCUGCUCGUUCUGGUAGCUGUGCUAAACGCAGUCAGGAACUCAUUUUCCUUCUUCUUGCUUUUGAUCGUGUGCAUGGGUUAUGGCGUUGUCAAACAUACCCUAGGAAAGACCAUGAUCUACGUUCGAUACCUGGCCAUUGCGCAUUUCUUCUUCGGCCUCGUAUAUGCCGUUGCCAGUCUUGUCAUUACACCAGACAGCGCAGGUCCAUUUGUGUUGCUGAUUGUCCUACCGUUGGCUGGAACACUCACUGCUUUCUACGUAUGGACGCUAAACUCACUCAACUUGACGCUCAAGGAGUUGAAUGAGCGAAAACAACACGUCAAGGAGACCAUGUACAAGAAGCUGUGGUGGUGCAUCCUGAUCAGCAUUAUUGUCAUUUUCGGCUUCUUCUUCUUCAGCAGCUUCUCCUUCACGUCGAUGCGCGACCCUGACUAUGUCCCGUUCCACUGGAAGACCCGCUGGUUCAUGUUGGACGGCUGGUUGAACCUGGUGUACUUUGCCGACGUCGCCUUCAUUGCAUACGUUUGGCGGCCCACCGCCAACAACCGUCGCUUUGCCAUGUCAGACGAGAUCGCCCAGGAGGAUGACGGUACGUUUGACAUGACAAAUAUGGACAUCGGCGCCCCCGACGACUCGGACGAUGAGGAGGCAAACAUUGGCACGAAACCGGCUACCUCGACCCAGACCACGACUCGGACGAACGGUGGAGCAACUUCUAAUGCCAGGGGCGGCCCUACCACCGCGACUCGGAAUGCGGGGCCUGCUGGGAGAGACUCAUUGGAUGGAGAGACCAUAUUCGCCGUUGGCGAAGACCUAGACAAGUUCUCUGAUGACGAUGAAGACUCUGAGGAAGAGAGGCGCCUUGUGAAGAAGAGCAACAAGUAA